UGGGCGAUUCUCAUGAGGCAGGCGUCCAACAGCCUCACUCUCGUCCUCCUCAUCACUAUGGGAUUGAGCUUUGGCAUUAGUGACUACAUUGAAGGCGGUGUUAUCACUGCCGUCAUUCUCCUCAACAUUGUCGUCGGAUUCUGGCAAGACUACAAGGCCGAGAAGACGAUAGAAUCACUCAAAAAGCUUACUGCGCCCGAGUCCUUGGUCAUCCGCGAUGGAGACAUCAUCAAGGUCAAGGCCGUGGAGCUUGUGCCCGGCGACAUCGUCCGGCUGGCUGCUGGUAACAUCGUCCCAGCCGAUCUACGGCUUGUCGACGGCGUCAAUGUCUCGACAGACGAAGCCUUCCUCACUGGAGAAGCGCUGCCUGUAGACAAGACCCCUCACCUCAUCUUCAACCAGGAUGUUGGCACUUCCGACCGAACAAACCUCGCAUAUGCUGGAAGCGAGAUGAAGCAAGGUCGAUGCACCGGUAUCGUUGUCGAGACCGGAAUGCGAACCGAAGUUGGACAGAUCGCACAGAUGCUGCGUCAGAAGGGCGACCAGUCCACUACCCAGACUCCCUUGAUGAAGCUCUGGAAGAAGUUCACCAAGACCGGGAAGUCCAUUCUUGGACUUGAUGGAACCCCCCUGCAAAUUGGCCUGAGUAAAUUCGCCCUCUUGCUUUUCGCCCUUGCCAUCCUGCUUGCCAUCAUUGUAUUCUCUGCAAACAAAUGGCAGGUGGGCGGCGAAGUGCUCAUCUAUGGUAUUUGCGUCGCCGUGGCCGUCAUCCCGGAAUCGCUCAUUGCCGUGCUCACCAUCACCAUUGCGAUCGGUGCCAAGGCUAUGGCGAAGUCUAACGUCAUUAUCCGUGUCUCCUCGGCCAUUGAGGCAGUUGGUGGUGUCACCAACAUUUGCUCCGACAAGACGGGGACGCUGACCCAAGGCCGAAUGAUUACACGAAAGGCGAUAAUCCCGGGGUUUGGGACAUUGUCCGUUGAGGACACUACAGAUCCUUACAACCCAACCAGCGGCUAUGUCACUCUAGACGGCGAGCGCCUAGACCAGGAUGACUACAUCCCGAACACGGCCUCCACUCGCUUUCUUCGAACCAUUGCUCUCUGUAAUGAGGCGAAAGUCACCCCUUCGGUCGAUUCGUGCUCCUCCGUCAGCAACGAAAGGAACGAAAAGGACCUCGCUGCCGGUGUCCUUAGUGAUGAUGAUGGAGACACCGAUGCUUCAACCCUGCAAUCUGCCACCAUCACUCGCCCUACCACGGCCUCGGGUCAGAGCACGAUGGGAUCGCGCGGGCCGUGGAAGGCGAAUGGAGAACCCACCGAAGUUGCACUGCAGGUCCUUGCUAUGCGUUUCAACAUGGGCAAAGAGCAAUUGCUCGCUAGCCUAAACGUUGCGCUUGCCGCUGAAUUCCCAUUUGAUUCGACCAUCAAGAGGAUGACCGUCGUCUACGAAGACAAGCAAGCCGGUCACCUCGAUGUCUACACCAAAGGUGCCACUGACUUCAUGCUUCCAUGCCUUGCUAUCCCCGACGACGAAAAAGCUGAGAUGUACAAGACGGCAGAGUCGAUGGCUAACAACGGUCUCCGCGUACUCUGCAUUGCGCACAAGAUCUUGGCGCUCGGAACGAACUUGCUCCAUCGCGAUGCAGUCGAAAAGGAUCUGAAGUACAUCGGUCUCGUCGCCAUCUACGAUCCACCUCGUCUCGAAACCAAGGGCGCCGUUCGCGAAUGCCAAAUCGCAGGCAUCACUGUUCACAUGCUCACCGGCGAUCAUAUCGGAACGGCUGAGGCUAUUGCCCGCGACGUCGGCAUCCUGGAUCCCACUUUACCUCCCGAAGAAGCCAAGAAGGCUGUCAUGCUCGCAACGGACUUUGACCGAAUGAGCAAUGAAGAGAUUGACAGAAUGGACAUGCUUCCCCUAGUCGUCGCUAGAUGCAGCCCUCGCACGAAGGUCAACAUGGUCUCGGCUCUCCACAGGAGGAAGCGCUUCUGUGUCAUGACCGGCGACGGCGUGAAUGACUCCCCAGCACUAAAGAAUGCGGAUGUCGGCAUGGCCAUGGGUACAGGCAGUGAUGUCGCGAAAGAUGCUGCUAAGAUGGUUCUCACAGAUGAUAACUUCGCCUCGAUCGUCAAAGCGGUAGAGGAGGGUCGUCGCCUGUUCGACAACAUCCAAAAGUUCCUCAUGCACCUACUCAUCUCCAACAUCUCCCAAGUAAUCCUCCUCCUCAUCGGCCUCGCCUUCAAAGACACAGACAACCACUCUGUCUUCCCGCUGUCACCCAUUGAAAUCCUCUGGGUCAACCUCAUCACCUCUUCGUUCCUCGCCAUCGGCCUCGGUAUGGAAGAAGCCCAGACAGACGGCAUGUACCGGCCGCCACAUGACCUCAAAGUCGGCGUCUUCACUAAAGAACUCAUCGUCGACAAGUUCAUCUACGGCUUCUUCCUCGGCAGCCUGUGCCUCAUGAGCUUCUCUGUUGUGGCGUAUGUCGGGCCAGGUGGCGGCAACUUGGGAAGUGGGUGCAACGAAGGGUGGAAUGAGAGCUGUGACGUUGUGUUCCGCGCCCGCGCUACGACGUACGCUACUAUCACCCUCCUCCUUCUCGUUACCGCCUGGGAAGUCAAACACUUCUCCCGCUCGCUGUUUAAUCUCUACCCAGACUCGCGCGCACCACCAGGCCUGUCCGUCUUCCCGACCGUCUGGCGCAACCGCUUCCUCUUCUGGGCUGUUACUGCCGGCUUCAGCAUCAUGUUCGCCAUCGUUUACCUACCCAUUAUCAACCGCGAGGUGUUCAAACACGCCGCCAUCACGUGGGAGUGGGGUGUCAGCUUCGGCGCUGUCGCCAUCUACGUGGCAGCUAUUGAGAGUUGGAAGGCGGUGAAGAGGAGGUUCGGCAUUUGGAGUGGGAAGCAUAAGGUGCUUCGACGAGAGGAUGCCGAGGCGAGAGUUGGAAUGAGAGGUGGCGAGGUGAGGGAGAAGGCUAGGAACUAAACCUGGUGGAGGGUGUUGACGGGAACUGAUAGACAGGGUGUGGUGUGUAUGUGGAAGAGGAAAGGCGAGGGGGAUAAGGGAGGGAGGUAUCAGACUGACAUUGCACUCGUUGGGAGGUUUCUGUCAUCUUGGGCGUCGACGAUCUCUUCGGCCGUUUAGAGCUCUCUGUUGGAUCGACCCUGGUCUGUCUCUACCGGGGUCUCCUUUUGAUGGUUCGGUUCGGAUUCUCAUUCAUUCAUUUAGCUUCACGGUCGCUCCAGCCGCAU